GUUGAAUUUACCCUUUUGAUCCUAGACAAUUACGAAGCACUACCAAGAACAUCAACUGUGAAAUACGAAGUAUGAACGAAAACCCUAGGCACCAGAAGCUCGCUCCUCCACUCUUCGCUCUUUCGUAACUACCUGUACGAGAUACACACACUUACCGGUAUGAAUAUAUCGUAGAGAGUUCCACUCCACUAAAAAGUUCCAGGGGAAAAUGGCAUCAAUGUCGAUUCUAAAUCGUUCGAGACUGCUGAUCAGAACGGCUUCUCAAGGCCACAGAUGCGUCUCCACCUUCCCAUUCCUUUCGCAGGAAGCUCAGCUUGUGGAGGUUUCAUCUCCGGCGAUUCUACCGCUGGAUGGUUCGCCGCUUCCCCCAAACCCGGUCACUGGCAGCCAAAUGUACACUAACAACUGGCUUGCUUCGCCGUCGUCGGCUAGCUCUACCAUCCUCCCGCUGAGUCUCAUGCAACAGCCUCCCUCGCAUCGCAUUCAAUCCCUGUCGCAAACUCUGGACGCGCAAGGGCUGAUAGACUACUUCAGCAAUUGGAUGACGGAGUCUCGGUGGCUGGAGGUAAAGCAGCUGUUCGAGUUCUGGAUCAAGUCGUUGGACAAAAAUGGGAAACCGAACAAGCCAGACGUCAACCUGUACAAUCACUAUUUGAGGGCCAAUUUGAUGCUCGGGCUUUCAGUAGAAGAUUUGAUGAAAUUAGUGCAGCAUAUGGAGGAUUUUGGACUUGUUCCCAAUACCGCAUCACAAAAUUUAAUGCUGAAAGCCAUGUACCAGGGACGAGAGCCCAUGAUAUAUGUUGAAGCAGCCCAACAGUUAAUAGAAUGGAUGCUCGAGGUUGGAAAAGAGAACAAAGAUUCUUUGCCUGAUGAUGAGUCUUUUGACUUGGUUAUUGACUUGCUUUUUAGAGCAAACCAGACAGACGCCGCCUUCAAAUAUGUUGAUUUGGUCUUAAAAUCUGGUCACACCAUGUCAUCAAACGUAUUCAACCAGUGCAUAUUUAAAUGCCUUGAUAAUAAUAGGCUAGAUGCAUUGACAUCAAUCAUCGAGAAAUGCAAGAAAAGUGAUCAGAACAAAAAGCUGGUGCCAUCUUGGAACUUAUGCAGCCAAUUGGCUGAUCGUGCAAUAAAGGCAGAUAACAGUGAACUCACAUUUUCCGCUCUGGACUUCUUCGUGAAGUGGAUUGUUCGAGGGCAAAAUGUGAGGCCACCUGUUUUACUAUCGGUAGAUGAAGGAAUGGUUGUUGCUGCACUUGGAACUGCCGGUAGAAACUUUUCUUCUAAACUCUUGAGUGGUUCUUGGGAAGUCCUUAAACGCUCACUACGUGAUUCUAGGAUUCCUAACCCUGAAGCUUACAUCGCUAAGAUUAAUGCCCAUGCUUUGAUGGGUCAGUUGCAGAAUGCUUUUGCCUCACUUCUUGAGUUUGAGAAAGCUUAUGAAAAUUCCACUAAUGCCGACAAAGUAGAACUGUUUUCACCUUUCACCUCUUUGAAGCCGCUUGUUCUUGCUUGCUGCACGAAUGGAUUUGCAACUUUAGACACUGUUUACUAUCAACUGGAGAACCUUAGCCGUGCUGAAGUACCCUAUAAGUCUGUUUCUGCUUUAAAUUGCAUCAUUUUGGGGUGUGCCAAUAUAUGGGAUAUUGACCGUGCUUAUCAGACUUUUACGGCAAUUGAUUCCUCAUUUGGGUUGACACCUAAUAUCCAUUCGUACAACGCUCUGAUACAUGCUUUUGGUAAGCUUGGGAAGAGUGAUGAAGCAACAAAGGUGUAUGCACACUUAAUGGGAUUAGGAGUGAAGCCGAAUGCAACAACAUAUUCUCUACUUGUUGACGCUCAUCUCAUCAAGCGAGAUCUUAAGGCCGCUUUAUCUGUUGUUGAUGAAAUGGUGCAGGCGGAGUAUAUUCCAACAAGGGAAUUGCUAAAAAAGAUCAGAAGGCGAUGCACCAGAGAGAUGGACUACGAAGCCGAUGACAAGGUGGGAUCACUUGCCAAACAAUUCGGAAUCCAAAUGGGUGCGGAGACACGUCGGAACUUGCUGUUUGAGCUUCGUUACAGUGGUUAGAAGAGGAUGUAUGAAAAUGACAGUAUAGUCUCGGGCAUUUUUGCUUCCAAGGGAAUGCUGAAUUUUAGUCACCAUGCUAAAUCCAUAAGUGACUUAUAGCUCAGAAAUGAUAAUUAUGUUUAGUUGAGUGUCUUCCAUACUCUUUUCUUUCUGUAUAUUAUUUAAUAAUGUUCUAUUAAUUUAUCAUUGUUUUAACACAUUUUUUUUGAAAGAACAAAAGGUUUUAGAAACAAUUUGUAUUAUUGUGAGAGCUCCAGCUCCAGCUCCAGUUGAUUGACUUGAUUCGCCUCUAAUUAUCCCUACAUGC